GAAAGUGCGGCUGCUCAGCAACCUUUCUGAAGAGGAGUUGAGAAAGAACCAGGUUGACGUGACAUCACUGCCGGCCAUUGGUCCUGCGUUUUGGCAGCAGAAGGAGACCAGUUUGAUUGCGCGGAACUUGGGCUUUUCAAGCUCAUUGAAAGGCGGAACACUGACCAUCACCAGGGAGUCCAGCAAAGAUAUCUUCGUCCGCGUGAGCAAGUGCCUUUCGGACGUUUCACUGGUGUGCCUCAAGAUGAUGUCAGCCCUUCUCUCUCUGGAGGCAUCGAUUCAUGUUUGUAACCUGCCCACCCCGGAAGCAGCUUCAGCCCCACGGGCCAAGGAGUUUGAAAGGGUGUGGCUUGGAAAUCGACGGCUGGCUGAGGGUGACAACAGGACUGGACGGCGCUUGGCCUUCAAUGUACCUUCAGCCAGCACUGCAGCCAAUGUGGUGGAAGCCAAGAUGUCUUGUGCUUCACAGAUCAAUGGGAUUAUCUCAAGUUUUUUCGCCGUGAGUCAGUAUGUGUCCGACUCCAUCUACACCUGUCCCCCACCGAACCAGGUGAAAUCCGAAUAUCGUGCCAAGUGUAGCAUGGGCAUCAGCGUUCUCGUCUCAGGAGUGGAAAAGAGCGCCGCUGCCUUGAGCGACAUCGCUGUGGAAUGCCAAGAUCCCACCAGUGGUGUGGUACCCUACUCAAAGGAGAUCCAGCCAGGUCGAAGUGAAGUUGUUUUGGCGGCAUGCCUCAACAAUAUUGGACAAGCCAUCACGUACAUUGCCAAGAUUGGGUAUCAACUCAACAGCUUGGCCACGUCGCCAGGGGUGUGUCCCAAAUAUCCCACCACCUACGAGCGAUACGUUUGUCUGGAGAAUAUCGGCUCCCUUCUGGCAGAUUUGGGACAGGUUGCCACCUACAUCUCAGCAGCGGCGUCUGGUUGUGGAUCAGCCACCUUGGUCCCUUUCGCUUGCUCCUCUCGCUUGGCUGCCACGAUUACCGGUCUCUUUGAUGCUGUCCAAGGGAUUGGUGCCACGUUGGCCUGGUGCAAUGUCCCCGGGAUCCUCCAGAAGAAUAUCUCAGCACAAGCCAGCGAGCUCGAGGAGCAGAUCAAUGACGCGGUGUAUAAGCACACGAUCCAGUUGGGCAAAUCAUAAUCCCACAGCAAAAGAUCGGGGACCAUAAUCCCCGAAAGAAUUCACUCCGAAAUAGGGGUCUCUGGGAGAUGUCAUGUGACGAUUUUAGCAUUUGCUGGGUUUUCCUCCAGUAGAGGCCUAAAAGC